CCACAAUGAUCGCUCUACAGUAAAUAAAUACAUAGUGUAAAAACCUAGCAUCUGAAUGCGUUUAUGUGGAUUAUUGAGGCGAUUGCACUUAAAGAUAUAAGGCGAAUAAACAUGCAGGGUAUUUGUUUUCUAUUUUUUUGCAAGUUGCGAUCGACACUAUGCCGAUUUAGACGAUAAUGAAGCCUGUGAGGAAUAAGGGUACUUAUUUGGAGUAGAGAUAGCAGAAAUCAAAAGGUUUGUACAUAGUUCCAGAAUAUCAUCGAUCAACUUUUUGUUGAAUUAUGAGCAGUGAUGGUAACCUUCCCCCGGGGUUUAGGGUCACCACGACCCCUCCGAACGCUGGUAAAUGGAAAGACUCACACGAUGAACAGAAAACAGCUGCAAUUCAAGCAGCAAGGAAAGCCAGAAAAAAUGACAAAGAAAACACAACCAGCAAUGAUGGAUUAGUACCAAUUCAGGAAACGGAUCAAUUAUCAAUUGAUGACACGGAACAAAUCCAAAUUGAUGAGAUUAAAGAUAAGCCAAAACGAGGCUCAAGAUCAAGGCGGGGAUCCCUGGCUACUGCGAGAGACACGCCCGGGACAUCCCCUUCUCGUUUACGGCGACGCUUAUCGAAACCAGGCUCAGAGAACGACGGCAAACCCAAAGAACCUCCAAAAACAAGCGAUGGAUUUGAACAUCGAUUAUAUCUAAUAGAUAGAAACGGAACUGGAGAUGUACAUUAUUUUGUAAUUGACGACUCCGAGGAGAAGCUAACAACUUUAAAUCCAGUCACAGAAAAAUGGAAAUGGUUAGAGAAUUAUCGAGAUUUCGAAGUGGUUGUCAUGGAUAAUAAACUUUAUGUAAUCGGAGGUGCAGAAACAAAGCUAGGCAAAGUGACAGAUAGAAUGAUAAGAUAUGACCCGGUUGAAAAUGCCUGGGCUCUAAGGUGUCCCAUGCUAGCUGCUAGGUGCAAGUGUGCUGCUGCUUCUGCGAGAGGAAAUAUAUUAGUUACAGGAGGGGAGAAAAAUGACGGAAAGGUGACGGGAACGUGUGAAAUAUAUGAACCGGAAGAAAACAAAUGGAAGAAAGCGGGACAUCUUCCCAAGCCAAGGGCGAACCAUAGAUGCGUGGCGGGGACAAAAGAGGCCUACCUUUCCGGAGGAUCAUAUGACGGCGAAGGACAUAAUAAUUUAUGGAUUUUUGAAGAACAUAGGUGGAAGGAGUUGGACAGUCAUUAUCCACAGAGAAUGGGGUUCAAUCUGGAUAAACAUAUGAUGGUUAAUGUAGAUGGGACACUCUAUUUUAUAGGAGGAGUUAAUUACAGCCAGCCCGUUCCCACGAAGGGAGAGUAUUCAUUGCCUGACCCCCAGGCAAGCCCACGAGACCUGAGUAGUUGUAUGUCUGCUGAGACCUCGGAUAGGGUAGAAUAUUUCCGUACCAAAGUUAGAUACUCCAACAUAAAAAAGAAUAAAGAUGCGAGAAAAGGUCUAUGGAAGAAAGACAAACCCACGUCUGGCAUAGGCGAUGGCCAAAAUGACAGGGUAACGCCAUGGGGCAAAGGUUUACCAAAAAUGAAAUAUGGGCGUCAAAAUGGAGGCCAAAUGAGGAUGGAUGAUGCGUAUGUGUGUCCAUGGGGUCGAAAAAUAGCAGAAAAGAUGAAAACACCACGUCAAAAUGCCGGUGUUUGCUUCAUAGGCAAUCGGAUUUACGUGUUUGGCGGAAGCAGCCAGACGUUAUCUGAAAUCAAGCAGGUGGAAUACAUGAACUUAGACAAUAACAAAUGGUACAAUGCUUUCACUUUAAAAAAUGGGGACUUCUCAAACAUAGUGUGCGUGAAACUGAAGUUCCCACUAGAGCCUCACGAUAUGAAGCCAAAAGUUUCUCCAAAGGAAUUUGUUAUGGCGUUGAAUUCCUGAUUAAAGUAUAUUGUAUUCGACAUGUAUUAAAAGUGCCAAAAAGAACUCUCUGACUUGAUGAAAUAAAAUUCUGCUUGAAAUGGAUUGCGUCGAUUUGACGAACUGUAAGCCCGCAGUAUAUUGACUAAAACGCAGCACAUACCAUAAAUAGGUGUAAAGACUUAUAUACAUCAGCUUGUAAUUUUAUAUUAACGUUUUUAAAAUAAAACGAAAGGCAGAAUAUUUCACUUGUUAUAUUUGAUGUCAAUCUUUAUAGUCAAUACAGUGCAAACAUUUUUAUGUAUGCGAGCAUAUGCUUACAAUACACAGAGGUGUAAAGUAACGAUGAGGAUACACACUGGUGAGAGAAUAUACUUACAAUGCACAACGUAACGCUGUAAUGUAAUGUUGAGAAUACGCACUGGUGAGAUUGUAUACUGAGUGACAAUAUACACAGAUGUUGAGUUCUUUUUAAAAAGAAUGGCCAUAGAUACUAG